UUCUGGUGGCUGCUCCACGAGGUGCGGUGGGCCAAAGCACCGAAGCAACGAGAGUUGUACAGAUGCUCUCCAUUGACGCGAAGGAAUCCUGGUCUACUAAUCACAUCAGGGAGGCAGCUGCUGCGGGCUUCUUGGCAUCGCUCUAUUCACGUCAGUACAUUGUUUGCAAAGGCGUAGUGGUUAAUAUGACCCGGAAGGUUGUUGAACUCGACCAAGUUUAUACGGUUAUUAAUGCUGAUUUGAAAGCCUCCAAUGAUUUGUUGCUGGUUCUUGGACCAAAGGAAGACGCACCACUGCUUAGGGCAAUCCCUGCACUGAAGGCUCAUGAUUGUGUGUCAUUCGCCCCCAUAACCGGCUCCAGCCAAGUGCGUGGGUGGAACCCCAAUCUGUACUUUCUUCGCCCUGAGCCCGCCGCUGAGCUGCUUGCUCUCAUCCGCUACGCUGUGAACCAGUUGCGUGUGCUGCGACUGGGCUUCAUGUACCUGCAGGGUGUCUUUUUUGGAGAUUCAGAGUACACACAAGCUGUCCGAGUUCUUGGGCGUAUGGGCUACGGGCUCAGCGGUGUGUUCACUGUGAAGAGCUCCUACACCGCUUCUGCCGAUACUGAUGAGUUCAACGCCGAGUGGGAGAAGUUCGCUGACACCCACCCGCAGGCUGUGAUUGUGUUCGGUGCGCAAGUGAAUGACACUGUGAAGUUCAUUAAAACGAUGUUGACGGACCCCCGCACACGUAACAGCUUCCUUCUUGGGCCAUUUGCACUACAGGACAUUCUAUUGAGUACGUGGCGUGAGGCAGUGAGCGGUGGUGGUGUUCCGUUUGUGCGUGGCCAAGUGAUCACGACAGGCGUAAAUCCACUGGCGAGCGACACGCAGUACGAGGCGAUUAAUCGUUUUCAGAAGGAGAUGAGGCAAUAUCUGUCGAACCACACAGACGAAUACAAAAGCACGAAUCAUUUUCUUGAGAAUGAUCACGACGGCGAGUUGAUGGUUUCUGGGUGGAUUGCUGGUGAGGUUCUCUCACAGGCUCUGAGCAACCCUGAGUGGAUAAAGGACAGGGCAACGUUUAAGGAGUCUCUGUUCAACCAGCGCCGGUAUUUGGUCGAUGAUCUUGUGAUUGGCGACUUCGGUGGCGAGUGUGUCGGAAAUGCAGCUAUGCAAGGCGCUGCUUGCAAAUGCAAUCAAGGUGGCCGGACUGUCUAUAUGAAGCGUUUUGUUGAAAAUUACCAUGUUGAGGUGCUUGACAAGGGAAAUCUGGUUCUUCCGCUGUCCGAGUGCAAUACUUCAAGCCUACGUAUUGUGGCACCUUUCAAUGGAAUAGCGAUGAGGUUUACAGAUCGACCUCAGCAGCUGCAUGCUAUUCUAGAGAUGGGAGUCGGAUACUACGCUGCUCAGGAAGGCAGCCCACGCCUGUCAAAUGCUCAAGAUCUCACUAUGCAGUACCUACUGUCUACCGUAGUCGGUGCCUGCGAUGCACUGGAGGAAGAGAUGUCAAAAAAACACCUCCAUGGUGUCGCCGGCCUAGUCACACAGACGAUGAUGGGUAUGACAAAGCUAACCCUUCUCGACCCUGUCGAAAUGCUCCCAAGCCCAAACAGAUUCCGCAGGAACGUGGUCCGGUUGUCGACAACACUAGAGCAGGAGUUCUUUGUGGUUGCGCAGUACCUCGGCAACACUACUUUCGCCAACGCCCACGCUGUGAUCCGCAGCGAUGAGGCACCCGCAGUAGUGGAUGUGCUACGGCGGUCGCUUGUGACGUAUGGCGGGUCGCUGCUUUCGUACGCGCUGCUGGGUGCCGAUGACGCGCUGGAGAGCCACCUGCCUCGCGACGGCGAUGUGUUCGUCGUGGGCCUCGCUGCUGCCGAUGUCGCUGUGGUCGCGGGUCACCUGGCGAAGCAC